AUGCAAGAACAUGUUUUUCAAAGUUCAUUUUCAAUUCGAAGCGUUCUCGGAAAAGAUGAUGAUAAUAAUAAUAAUAAUAAUAAUAAUACGGUAAAUAAUUCACUAAAACGAACACGAGAUGAAAAUGAAGAUGAUGAUGAAUUGUCGCCAAAAAAACGAGCAAUCCUUGAUGACGCCCGUGAACAAAUCGAUGUUGAAAGUUCCGAAGAUGAAGAAACAAAAUCAACAAAAAAAUCGACAUCAUCAAUUUCAAGUGAAUCUGGUUCAGACGGUACAAAUACUCAAAAACUCUCAUCCACAACAUCAGCACCAAAAAACAAAUACGGUAUUAAACCUGCCUAUUCCUAUAAUGCCUUAAUUAUGAUGGCUAUACGAGCAUCACCACAUGAACGAUUAACAUUAAAUGGUAUCUAUGAAUAUAUUAUGAAAAGUUUUCCUUACUAUCGAGAAAAUAAGCAAGGCUGGCAGAAUUCAAUUCGACAUAAUUUAUCCUUAAAUAAAUGUUUUGUUAAAGUCCCACGACAUUACGAUGAUCCCGGUAAAGGAAAUUAUUGGAUGCUUGAUCCAUCAGCUGAUGAUGUUUUUAUUGGUGCAACAACUGGUAAACUUCGACGUCGAACAUCGACAUCAAGAAAUCAUCGAUUAGCAGCAUUAAAACAUUCAAAUUUAACAGCAUCAAAUCCGUAUACAGCUGCAUUUUAUGCAUCGGCAGCCGCUGCAUUACGUCAGCAACAAUUUUUUCAGGCGAUUGCAGCGAACGAAGCAAUCCGCCACCAUCAGACUCUUUUAGCUAGUGCGAUCUCACCAAAUCAAACGAGGUCAGUGUUGUAA